CUUGCCAUGUGUGUCUUGCGUGGAAAGAGCUGAGCCAGGCGAGUGUGAAAAUCAGUUGCUCUGCGAAUACGAAGGACGCAAUUUGUUUUUUUCAGGAACUGGGACUUGACUUUUUGUGUUCAAUAAUUUAUGCAUCCGUUAUGUGGCUAACCAGGGUUUUGUUGGGUCAUAAAUUCUACUCUCGAAAGCGAACUCCAGGAUUGCAAUUUAUAGGCAAGCAUCGACGAUUUCGACCAAUCACACGAUUCAUGGUACGAAAUACAGUAAGGAGACUGGAGCUUGAAGAACAGAAUCGCCAGCAUCUUCAAAAAUCAUUUUUAACUGAGAUGGAAGAGAAAGGCAGUGCCACACUGAGGAAAAUAGUACAAUCCAAAAAUUUUAUCGAAGCAAGGAGAGCAGAAAAAAUGAAACCACAUAAAUAUUUAGAGGACUAUUAUAAACAUUUAGAAAAAACUAGAACAUGGUAACAUUUAUGUUGGCUGAACCAUGUGUAUAAGUAGAAAGUAUCGAACAUUUCGUAGACAUCAGAUGGUAGAGCUGUACUAACUUGGAUACUAAUAUUACAUUGGACAGAUGACCAGUUGAUAACCAAUUGUGCUGAGGUCUCUACCUUGAACUGCUUGCCAAAUAGUUCCUGUCUGUAUCCUAUCUAUCUUGGCUAUUGUAUAAGGAGGCUUUUAUAAAUCAAGGCUAUUGGAAAAUGUAACACAUGCAAGAUGGUGUCUUGUUAUAGGAUGUACAGUAGUAGAGUUCUGUUAUAUUGUGUUCAGAUUAAAUUUGUUGGUGCUACUGUACUUGAAUGUUUACUGGAUUAACUGAUGAAGAUGAUAAGACGAUAAUUAUGAUUCAGAUAUGUACUGGAUGUAAUAAAAUUCUUCUAUGCUUCAUAUGGUACACGCUGUAUGGUCAAUUAAUUUGUCUUAAGUCAACAGUGCUACUGUAUUAUAGUAGAAAAACAGGUCUCUCGCCAAUGAAAAACUACUUUUAGGACUGGGUUUUCAUGGUUUCAUGGCAGUACAGUAUAUACCAUACCUAAAGGCCAUUUUCCACAUGCAUGCACUAUUGAUAAUUUUGUGAUGAAAACUCAACAGCGCAUGUGUAUGAGCUAAAAAUUGUUGAUUCGCAUGAAUAAAUUCGUCCAGUGGAAAAGACCUAAUAUUGUGUAAAAAUGUUAUACAACAGAUUAAAAGCAUUGCCAAUACAAAAGUCUAGUGGUUUUAUAUAAUUUAUUUCAUUGUUUUUUUAAACAUUAAAAGUUGAAA